CUCCCAACAUGUCAAUGAGCUCCAAGGGUGUCCCAGAACACCUUUGGUCUCUCCCUUGUCCCCACAAGCCCACAUGCCACUGUUUUCCCCUCCCUCCCUCCCCUCCGCUCUCCCCUCUCCAAGUCCCACUUUUUAAAUACCCUCCAUUUCUACCACCAGCACCACGCACCACUCUCCUGAUCUCAAACUCAAACCCAAAACAAUCACUAAUCCCAUUCCCUCCCAAACUCCUCAAACUGAUCCAUCAUCCAUGGCCAUCAUCAAGAAAUCAUCCAACAAGCUUCCCAUGCAGAACAAAGUCCUGAAGCAAAUCCUCAAGCGCUGCUCCAGCCUCGGCAAGAACGACGAAAACCUCCCCCUCGACGUCCCCAAAGGCCACUUCGUCGUCUACGUCGGCCAGAACCGAACCAGACACAUCGUUCCCAUCUCCUUUUUGACUCAUCCCGAGUUCCAGAUCCUUCUCCAGCGCGCCGAGGAGGAGUUCGGAUUCAACCACGAAAUGGGUCUCACCAUCCCUUGCGAAGAGGUCGUCUUCCAGUCCCUAAUGUCCCUGCUCAGGUAGGAGAGCGAGCGAGCGAGCUUGUUUGGCUGCCGAGAAAAUGGAAGAAAAACAAGUCAUCGUCACGAAGCUGCUCCACUGCUUCUGAGAGACCUCUUUCUUCCAACUCCUCUCCAGCUCCUCCAUACUCUAACCCGAAAACCCAAGGAUGGCUGCAGCGUUACAAAUCUGGGUUUUUUUCUUAAUCAAUCAAUUAGAGAUAUAUGUAGAGAUUAGAGAUUAAUUACAUCCAAAAGCUUGAGAUUUUCCUCGCAGCUACCGGCGGCCCUUUGAGAUUCUGCCCUGCGAGAGAGCUAAUCAAUCAAUAUUAAUACUCAUGACCAACAUCGAUCGCUGUCGUUUCUCUCAUCUUCUUCUUC